GCAGCGCUUGACGUCACUCCCCCGGCCCCUGCUCGCCGAUUGGAGGAAACCCCGUGGAUCGGUUAGAGCAGAGCUUUGAGCGCUCGGAAGAGAGACCGGACUCUCCCAGCGGCAGAAGCCAGAGACGUCGCGCACUCGCCCAAAGCCCGGGGACCGACUCAGCCGCCAGCAGCUCUCCGUGCUCCCCUCUCCGACACAGAACCGUUAGCCAUGGAUAAAACAGAGGUGGUACAGAAGGCCAAAUUGGCCGAGCAGGCAGAGAGGUACGAUGAUAUGGCAGCUUGCAUGAAGCGGGUGACGGAAGAGGGAACUGAACUGUCCAACGAAGAGAGGAACCUUCUGUCAGUGGCCUAUAAAAAUGUUGUGGGUGCACGCCGGUCGUCCUGGAGGGUCAUCUCUAGUAUUGAGCAAAAGACAGAAGGAAGUGACAAAAAGCAGCAGAUGGCUCGAGAAUAUCGGGAGAAGAUUGAGACGGAGCUGAGAGAGAUCUGCAAUGAUGUGCUGAACCUCUUGGAUAAGUACUUGGUCCCAAAUGCAUCACAAUCAGAAAGUAAAGUCUUCUACUUGAAAAUGAAGGGAGACUAUUACCGUUACCUGGCGGAAGUGGCUUGUGGCGACGACAAGAAAAAAAUUGUGGAGCAAUCCCAACAGGCGUAUCAAGAUGCUUUUGACAUCAGCAAAUUGGAGAUGCAACCAACACACCCAAUCAGACUGGGGCUGGCUCUCAACUUCUCAGUGUUUUUUUACGAGAUCCUUAACUCCCCGGAAAAAGCCUGUUCUCUGGCGAAAACCGCUUUUGAUGAAGCUAUUGCUGAGCUCGAUACCCUGAGUGAAGAAUCCUACAAAGACAGCACGUUAAUAAUGCAAUUACUGCGAGACAAUUUGACAUUGUGGACAUCAGACGCUCAAGGGGACGAAGCUGAGCCAGGAGAAUGUGGCGGAGAGAAUUAAUCAGCCUUCCUUUUCUGUCUGCCUCGUUCUAAAAUUUACACAAUAGACCAUUGUCAUCCUUACUGUCCCAAAAAUAGGUUUAUUUUUUUUAUUUUAUUUUUUUUGUUUACAAUUAUAAAAGGUUUAUGUUACUUCUAUUUGGAUUUCUAUAUUUCCCAUGUGGUUUUGUGUUAAAUAGGGAAUAGGGCCAGUUAACAUUUUGGGGCGUUAAAAAAUUAUUUUCCUUUCCCCACCUCCAUAAGGUGACCAGUAUGGGAAAUGAGGAAUUUUUAUACAUGUUUUAAAUGUCUGGCAAAGUACUUCUGGUACAUCAUGGGUUACCACAGGGCCCAGUGUUACAAACGAUUUCCCAUAAAGCAAGCAACGUGAACGGCUUGUAGCAAAUUGAUUUUUGUAAUAGUAUGGGGUAUUUGCUCGGCACUGUAGGCAAAGACUCUUAAAUUCCUAUUCACAUGGCCGGUUGGCAGUUGUGCGUAGUCGCCGCCCUCUUUGCCAAAGCACCGUUUAUCACUGAGGGCUCCCUGUGAUAGAGAGUCAAAAUCAUGAGCAAAAUAGACGGUUCACAUUCCAUUCUCCUUUUAUGGUCGGCUAACGUCUGCUUUUGUUUGUCGCUAUUCUCCAUUUUAUUUGUAUUUAAAUCGUUUCAACAACCUAAGAUCAAAAAAACACAAAAGUACUUGAUGCAUUAGACAUACAUGCUUGGUAUCCAUAAUUUCACUAUAUAUCAAGCACAGCAGAAAAGAAAACAAAAAACAAAACAUAUAUUUAACUUUUUAGUUUUAUUUUUGUUUUUGAUACUUGCCUAACAUGCAUGUGGCUGUAAAAAAUAAAAAAAUUAAAAAAAUUAAAAUACAAAAUAGUUACCAGGGGAAUAACUCGAGAUGAUGGCUAGCUUUGUUUAAUGUCUUAUGAAAUUUUCAUGAACAAUCCAAGCAUAAUUGUUAAAGAACAUGUGUAAUAAGUUGAUGUAAGUGGAAUAAAAGUUUUAUGAAUGGA